AUGGAAUGCCAUGCUGCUGCCUUCAGAUUGACUUACAAUCAGGUUCGGGGUUGGUUUGUUGAGAAGAGGAGGAGAGAGAAGCGAGAAAAUAAAACCACCGAGGAGUUGGGUGGAAGAAAUGGAUCGGGAGCUGGUGCUCCAAGGGUAGUUAAACACUGCCCCUCAAAAGCUCCUUUGUUGUUGAGAUACAAGCAAACAAAAAUGAAUGGGAAUCAUAUUCAGGAAUUGUUAACUCCAGACUACAUUCUCAAGAAGGUGUUCCGCAAAGAUGGUCCCCCCCUUGGUGUGGAAUUUGACUCUCUCCCCUCUCGGGCACUUUUCCAUUCUACAGAUCCCGAAGAUUUACAUCCCCCUUGCAAAGAGAACCAAAGAGAAACUAAAAGGAGGAAGGUUACCGAGCAUGCUGUCAUUGGUCAUCAGAAUUGCAACGAGAGUGCUCCAGUGAAAAAACAUGGUGUUGGAAAAGGUUUGAUGACGGUCUGGCGGGCAACCAAUCCUGAUGCCAGAGAUUUUCCUGUUGACAUGGGUUUUGCUAACGGUGGAGUCACUAGUGUAUCAUUAAUUCCAACUUCUGUAUUGCGAAAACCAGUAACUCGAAACAGAAGAUUGCAACCAAAAAAAAGUGUUCCUAAACAGGGACGGGUACGAAAUAAGGUACAAGAAAAGAGGAAACAUUUCGUCAAAAGAAGAGAAGUGGAAUCUAACAAUGAGAAUCAGACUCUGCCAAGCAAAGAAAAAUGUGAACUUGCUUUGGAAGGAGCAAGUUCCCAAGAACACUCGGAUAAGAUUGCUAUGCUUGUGGAUGAUGAAGAGCUGGAGCUGAGAGAAUUACAAGGAAGGCCAAAUGCACUGGGGUGCUCUGAUCAUUUUACUACUAAUGGAGAUCAUGCCUGUUCACUUUGCAAAGAUUUGCUGGCCAAGUUUCCUCCAAAUUCUGUGAAGAUGAAGCAGCCAUUCUGUAUGCAACCUUGGGAUUCUUCUCCAGAGAUUGUCAAGAAACUGUUCAAGGUUUUCCAUUUCCUUUGUACUUAUGCCGUUAUGGUAGAUAUAAGCUCCUUCACUAUUGAUGAGUUUGCCCAAGCAUUUCAGGACAAGGAUUCCUUGCUGCUUGGAAAAAUUCAUGUGGCACUUCUGAAGCUUCUUCUAUCUAAUGUUGAAGCCGAGCUUGGCUGUGGAUCUAUACCUCAUUUGAGCAAAUCAUGCAAUUUUCUUGCAUUUAUUCACUCGGUUGAAAAUCAAGAAUCCACUCUGGAAUUCUGGAAGAGAUCGCUAAACCCUUUAACAUGGACAGAAAUACUGCGUCAAGUACUGGUUGCCGCUGGUUUUGGUUCAAAGCAAGGUGCAAUGCGAAGGGAUGCCCUUAGCAAGGAAAUGAGCCUUAUGGUGAAGUAUGGUUUACGCCCUGGUACUUUGAAGGGUGAAUUGUUUAGAGUUCUGCUAGAGCAAGGAAUUCAUGGGUUGAAAGUUUCUGAGUUGGCGAAGUCAUUGCAGAUUUCUGAAUUGAACCUUUCCAGUGGAAUAGAGGACCUAGAGUCUUUAAUUGGUUCAACUCUUUCAAGUGAUAUUACAUUAUUUGAAAAGAUUUCAUCAUCCACAUAUCGUGUGCGUAUUAAUUCUUCUGAAAAAGAAGUGGAGGAAUCCCAAUCAGAUACCGAAGACUCUGGAGCAGUUGAUGAUGACCUCGGUGACAGUGGUACAUGUAGCAGUGAUGAUGAUUCUGGAUGCAAUUCAGGAAAUUCCCAAAUUAAAAAGCUGACUUAUAUGAACCAUGGGAAAAGCAAAGAUAACAUGGUGACAGUAUACACCGAAAUUGAUGAGAGCCAUCCAGGAGAAGUAUGGUUGUUAGGACUAAUGGAAGGCGAAUAUUCAGAUUUAAGCAUUGAAGAAAAGUUGAGCGCAAUAGUGGCUCUAAUUGAUCUUCUUCAUGCAGGUUCUGGUUUCAGAAUGGAGGAUCCUAUAAAUGCUAUUGCUGAAUGCGUUCCUAGCAGUCUUCAUUCUGGUUCAGGGGCGAAAAUUAAGAGGUUAUCAACUAAACAACAUGGCAUGCCCAGGCCAACCUGGGUCCAUGCAGGACAUACGAGUGGUGCAAAAGAAGAUUAUACAUUAAAGUUUCACCCUAUAGAUUCUUCGGGGUCAAUCUCAAAGUUCUCUGACGAGAGAUUCUCUACAAAAGAGAAAAAUGGAAAAGAAAGAGAAGUGCAGUUUGACAUACACCCAAUGCAAUCUGUGUUUUUGGGGUCUGAUCGUAGAUACAAUAGAUACUGGCUUUUCUUGGGCCCUUGUAAUGCAUAUGACCCAGGACAUAGAAGGGUUUAUUUCGAAUCUUCAGAAGAUGGUCACUGGGAGGUGAUUGAUACAGAAGAGGCUCUGUGUGCUUUGUUGUCAGUUUUGGAUGACAGGGGUAAACGAGAGGCUCUUCUUAUUGAAUCCCUGGAGAAACGAAUAGCGUUUCUGUGCCAAGCGAUGUCAAGUAGAAUGGUAAAUAGUGAUAGAAUUGACAACUUGGCGCAAUCUGAUCAAUCUGAGCUGGAUAGUGUUAGAGAAGACACUUAUUCACCAGUAUCUGAUGUAGACAACAACUUAUCUGGAAUUGCAAAUGAUUCUCUGCCUUCAUCUGGAGUUGGGGUUCUUGAAGUUAGAAAGAAAGGAGAACAACAGAAGCAGAAAUGGAGCCGAAUCCAAGCAUUUGAUUCAUGGUUAUGGAAUUCCUUUUACCUAGAUCUUAAUGCUGUCAAACAUGGUAAACGAUCAUAUUUUGAUACACUUACUAGAUGUGAAAGUUGUCAUGAUUUGUAUUGGAGAGAUGAGAAGCACUGCAGGAUUUGCCAUACAACAUUUGAGCUUCAUUUUGAUCUGGAAGAAAGGUAUGCCAUCCAUGUAGCCACAUGUAAGGAGAAAGAAGCGAGUGAUACUUUUCCUAAGCAUAAGGUCCUCUCAUCACAGAUCCAAUCACUAAAAGCUGCGAUGCAUGCAAUUGAGUCAGCCAUGCCAGAAGAUGCUUUGUUGGGUGCUUGGAAAAAAUCUGCUCAUAAGCUAUGGGUGAAACGACUAAGACGUACCUCAUCUUUGGCUGAGCUUUUGCAGGUUCUUGGUGAUUUUGUUGGUGCCAUCAACGAGGACCGAUUAUAUGAAUGCAAUAUAGAGCAAGGUUCUUGUAAUUUUAGUGAAGAACUGAUUGCGUCCUUUGCAUGUAUGCCCCAAACAACAUCUGCAGUUGCACUCUGGUUGGUGAGAUUGGAUGCCUUAAUUGCUCCAUACUUGGAAAGAGCCCAUUCUCAGAAAAGGCUGGAAAUUAGUGUCAGAGCUUUUCAAAUUUUCGCCAUCUUAAAAGCUUCUUUUACUUCAGGGAAGCAUGCUCCAAAGCAAUAG